ACGCGCUGAGUCGAAUCGAGUCGGGGCGAGCCGCGCCGAGCGGUGCCGAGCGGGACCGACCGCCGGGGUCGAGCGGAGCCGAAAGCCCCCGCGGUUGGUCGCGUCGCGUCGCGUCGCGCCGCGCGUAGCGAGUAGCACCGCGCCGGAGCGUGUGUGUGCGCGCGCGCGCGUCUGUCCGCGCUUACAACUCGCUCUCCGCGCUCCUGUGCCCGCUUCACCGCGCUGCUCUCCUCCGCACCCGGCCGCGAGAGAACGGCCACACACCGCGGGAGAGUCCCGUCGUCGUUGUGUUAUCGUAUAGCUUCGCGCGUCGCCUCGCCAGCCUCGUCGACAUUGUUAUUGUUAACGUCAUCGUCAUCGCCGUCAACCUUCUCGUUUCGUCGCGCGUGUGUUGUACGCCGCGUCCCUUCCGACUGGCCCGCGCGCGUGCAUGGACGACACGCGCGCACGAGCCGACGAGGACAUAGCCCUGGAUUCGUCCCGCUUACGCUCGUCCGCUCGGCUCGGCUCCGCUGCCGCCGCCGCCGCCGCCGCUGCCGCUGCCGCUGCCGCCGUCACUGCCACCGCUGCCAGCAGCGUUGCCGCCACAACCACCACCUCCACCACCUCCUCGGCCGCCGCUGCCACUUGCCACCGCGUCGCGAGACGCAAGAGGAAGAAGAGGAGGCGUCAGCGGCUCGCUACAAGCAGCGACGACGUGCCCGUCGUGGUCGCCUCCCGCAGCGCUACCACGAGUAACGCUGCCGCCGCCGCCGCCGUCGAAACCGACGCCGACGCCGUUGUCGUCCUCGAGCCUGACGCUGUCACCGACGCCGACGCCGACCCCGACGCAAACGCAGCGACCGCCGCGGAAACGACAGACCCGGCGGCGGCGCGGGUCGAUAAACUGAGGAGCCGCCUCCUCCUCGGCGAGCAGCACACCGCCGCGGCCGCCGCGGCCGGCGGGGAAGUCCAGCAGCAGCAGCAGGUACGCGUCGGAGGAAGCGGCACGCGCGCGGCGGCCGCCUCCUCCGUCGGCACCACCGCCGGCGUCACCACGCUUCUCAACCGACGCGCCGGCAAGCGCUCGCCACGGCGAUGCAACGCCGGCGGACGUAGGAGCGCGAUGACGAUGGACCUGCAGCGGCUGAUCAACGAGGUGCACGCGAGGCCCGCGAUCUGGGACCAGAAGAACGUCAACUACCACAACCGCGACGUCAUACUGAAGAUGUGGCGGGAGAUCGCGAGGGCGUGCGAGGUGUCGACGGAUGUCGCCAAGUCCAAAUGGAAACACCUGCGCGACAACUUUCGGAACGAGCUGAAAAAGACCUACCGGGGUAAGUGCGACGGUAUCGGCGGCACCGAGCACGACUCCAAGUGGGUCUGGUUCAAGAGCCUCUUCUUCCUGCGGGACCAAAUGAAUUCGAGGGUGAUCGGCUGCGCCCUGUCGCAAAAUUGCGUUGGCGCGAUCGGUAUGCGCUCGUCUCCGGACGGCACGCAAAUCGAGCCGCAGAUCGAUAUUCUCGAGGGCCACGAGGAGACGCAGUUCGACGACCUGGACGGUGACUCUUGCCAGUCCCUGCUGUCCAACGACGAUGGCCUGCAUCAGGUGAUGCCGCCGCCGAAGAUGAACAAGAUACUCGGCCGGAAACGGGCGCUAAUGGAUGUGCUCGACAACGAUUAUGGCGUGGAGGUGGAUCGGAAACGGUACGAGUCGCUGCAGAAACGACUGGCGAUCGGGCCCGAGGAUGAGGACGACACCUACCACUUCCUCAUGAGCGUGCGGAAUCCUCUGAGAAGCCUGCCGCUCGACAGGCAGAUGUUCGUUCGUCUCAAGAUUCAGGAGUUGGUCUACAACGAGAUCAAUUCGCAGAACCAACAGCAGCAGACCGCGAGCCGUGGAACCUACGACGCCUCCUCGCAGGGCCAGGACGUGAAACCCCCGCGCGCCGGUAACGGCGGCAACGGCGUCGUCAGUGGCGACGUCGUCAGCGAUAUGUCGAAUCCUGUGUCGUUGCUGCAGAACUGCACGGCCGAGGGCACCGGUGACGAUGCCUUCUUCGGCUGAAGAGAGCCCGUUUGCAGUUUAAUUCGCUAAUAAACGUAAAGAACCACCGAGAGAAAGAGAGAGAGGGCCGCGCGGAUUAUAUAUCCCAAACUCAUUCAUCUCUGUUCCCUUCCUGAUCCUUCCAAGGCAAGAAUUCACAACGUGACGAGGUAACUUUUCGCCCGGCUAGAACGGCCGUCUAGACGAGAUGCACUGUAACACGGCAUUUUGCACCGACUUGAAUGGCUUAAUCGAAAGUCCGGCCCGCGCCUAAUGCAUCGCUUUCUCAGUUUUUCUCUACUAAAGCAGAUUAGUAAGUACCCCCUUCUUUUUAUCCUCUUACCCUUCGUUCUAUUUCUUUUUGCAACCUCUAACAAAUUGUCCGAGAGGACCUUAUACGUUAUUAAUUUUAAAUGGAUUGAGAUAUCGGCGACAUAAAAUAAAACGAAAAGCAGAAUAAAAAUGAAGUUGAACUUUUAAAAUAUGUAAUUUAGAGUUGUCGGAUUAUAAAUCUUUUCCAGUUUCUCUAACAUAUUAUAAAUAUUUCAAGAGCUCGUCUUUGAAAUUGUUCUACGCGAAAAACGGCAACUCCGUCGACUACAAUUAAUCGCGAACAAGGAACACGUUUACUUUUCGGUUCGGCCGACAAAGUACGAAAACGAGCGAAUACGGGACAUCACAAAGAUUCACUUUGAUCAUAAAGUGAAAUGCAAUCACUUCCUAUUCUCUUUUUCUACCGCUACCGUGUGUCAGACCAGCGUGUUCCAUAAAAGAGUUCAUCCUCUAUGACCCGAGGCUCCAUGUUCAAUAUUACCUAUCCUACUCCUCUUUUGGCAAAAUAAAUCUCGCAAAUUUGUCUUACGAUAGAACAAUGACCGACAUGCAGUUUGUUCAACGAUACGAACGUGAUUGCAUUAUCGUCAGGUAGAUAGUCAAAAUCGAAAUUGACGUAAUAAGGAAGUUGAAA